AUGGUCGUUGCAACAACCACAUGCAUCUAUAGAGAUGGUCAAAAACAAGGAGAUUGCAAAGGUCUCACCGAAGAAAGUUUGGCUCUUCGUCAAGAUCUUUCAACCCUCAACAAGAAUUGUCCCAUGAAUCAAGUAUUUUUCUAUCCAAGUACGAGUCAUAGUAAUAAUAAUAAUAAUAAUAACAAGACAUCCAUGGAGCCUGUCUGUGGUGAAUGUAUUCCUUCAAGUUCCUUAUUUUACGACUAUUCGACGAAUCGUGUCCUCUUCAAUUAUAAAAUUGUCAUUUGCAAAAUGACUGUCUUUGGAAGGCAAUGUUCAGAACCGAGUGCAAGUCAUCUUCCACUCAGUGAUUAUCAAUGUUCUGUUGGAAGUUAUUGUGAUGAGAGUGGAAGGUGUCGUUCUCUCAACACUCAUCCCUUACAUGGUGAACAAUGUUCGGAAGUGAUUCAUCCUCAAAUGGCAUCAAAAGGUGUUCCACUCUCUCGUGUGUGUGGUUUUGAUGGAUUGGAGUGUAUUCAAGGAACAUGUCAAGUCUGUAAGGAUGGAGUUGAGUAUACAGAUUUUUCAUCUCAGGACCAUGUCUAUCUUCAACAACAUGCCAUUUUCACACGAACUCGAGAUUAUAGGAGAUCCAGACGAUAUUGUGUAAAUUCACAAUUGUAUCCAACAAAGUUUGAUUAUACACUUCUCUCAGAUCCUAGCUCAGUGCUCAUUUUGAGUUUUGCAAUCAUGGUGGUUCUUAUUGUGAUGGCAAGAGAUUUCAUGAGAUUUAAAAAUACAAAACUCGCUCAGAAAAUUGUGACAAGUCUCAAGUUAAGAAUUCUCUAUCGAAAGAAUACGAGGAAGGAUGAAAACAAGUUGGCAUCUCAUCGACAGGAUCCAUUCAAUGAUGAUGAUGAGGAAGAUAGUGAUUUAGAUGAUCAUGAUUCUGACGAUUAUUCUUCUUCAAAUGAUGGUUCUAAUUCUGACGAUGAGGAAGAUAGCAGUAGUGAGGAUGAAAGCGAUUAA